AUGGCUGGAGCUUUGAUCGGAGAGGCCUUUAUUUCUGCUUCCAUCGAGGUGAUUUGUUACAGAAUUGCUUCACCCAAGUUCGUCGACUUAUUUCGGCACAAGAAACUCGAUCAACCUCUCCUCAUGAAACUGAAGAGGACGCUGUUGACCUUGAACGCAGUGCUCGAUGAUGCAGAGGAGAAACAAAUUGAGAAACCAGCUGUGAGAGAGUGGCUUGAUGACCUCAAACAUGCAGUCUUUGAUGCUGAGGACUUGCUGGAUGAGAUCAACUAUGAAGCCUUGCGAUGCAAGCUGGAAGGUGAAGCUCAAACAGCCGACAAAUUAACCAACAAGGUGCGGAACUUCCUCCCUACUUCUCGUAAUAAGUUUUAUCAAAGCAUGAAUGUUAAGAUACAAGAGUUGUUACGAAAAUUAGAAGACUUUGCACAAUUGAAAGGUGCUCUUGGUUUGACGGAAGUUGUUGGGAGGAAGGUUUUACAAAGAACUCCAACAACUUCCUUGGUUCAUGAACCUUAUAUAUAUGGUAGAGAAGAAGUCAAAGAAAAUUUAUCAAAAGUGUUGUUCUCUAAUGAUGCAAGCAAGGAGGAUGUGUCCUUCAUCACCAUUGUUGGAAUGGGCGGGGUUGGCAAGACAACCCUUGCCCGCAUGCUUUACAAUGAUGAUAAGGUGAAAGAGCAUUUUACACUUAAAGCUUGGGCUUGUGUUUCAGAAGACUAUGAUGCUAUCAGGGUAACUAAAACUCUUCUUGAGUCAGUCACUUCAAAAACUUGCAAUACAACAGAUCUGAAUUUGCUUCAAGUUGAACUAAGAGAACAACUUAGGGGGAAGAAAUUUUUAUUUGUGUUGGAUGACCUUUGGAAUGAAAAAUAUAAUGAUUGGAACUGCCUCCAAACUCCCUUUACUUCAGGGGCAAGGGGAAGUAAAGUCAUCGUAACAACACGAAACAAAAAUGUAGCAUCUUUCAUGCAAAAUGUUCCCACUCAACCCUUGGAACCAUUGUCGCAUGAAGAUUGUUGGUCAUUACUUGCAAAACAUGCGUUUGGAAAUGUAAGUUGUAGUGCAUAUCCAAGCUUGGAAGAAAUCGGCAAGAAAAUUGCACGAAAGUGCAAUGGGUUGCCUUUAGCUGCACAAACACUUGGCGGUUUUUUACGUUCCAGGUUAGACUCCAAGGUAGAAGAAGUCGUUUUUCUUUGGAUGGCAGAAGGUUUAAUUCCCCAAGCGGAGAAUGGAGACAACAUGGAAGAAGUGGCUAAGGAAUAUUUUGAUGAACUGUUAUCCCAAUCAUUGUUUCAAACAUCGGGGAAAUCAAGUUUCGUUAUGCAUGAUCUCAUCCAUGACUUGGCUGUGUUCAUGUCUAAAGGAUUUUGUUCUAGGUGGGAAGGGAGGGAAUCACAUGAAGUAGAAAGAGUUCGCCAUUUGUCAUAUGCUAGGGAAGAAUAUGAUGUUUCUCUUAAAUUUGAGCAAUUAAAGGGGGCUAAGUGUUUGCGGACCUUCCUACCUACCUCUUUAAAUCCAUAUAACUCUUAUAAAAAUUAUUAUCUAAGUAAAAAGGUUGUACAAGAUUUGUUGUCGUCACACAGAUGUUUACGGGCGUUAUCAUUGUCAAGUUAUAGGAAUGUCACUCAGCUACCUGAUUCUAUUAAAAAUCUUAUUCACUUGCGCUAUUUGGAUCUCUCUGGUACUGCAAUUGAAAGGUUACCUAGUGUACUUUGCAGUUUGUACUAUUUGCAGACGUUACUAUUGUCAAAUUGUUCAUCUCUCGUUGAAUUACCUGCAGACUUGAGAAAAUUGAUAAAUUUACAGAAAUUAAUGCUGGGAGGUUGUGCGUCUCUUGCUAAAUUGCCUGUAGACCUGUGGGAAUUAAUUAGUUUGCAUCAUCUUGAUGUGAGUGGAACUAAAAUUGCAGAGAUGCCAUCGCAAAUGAGUAGACUAAAAAGUUUGAGAACGUUGACUGCUUUUGUUGUGGGGAAAUCUACUGGGUCAACCAUUGGGGAAUUGGGGGAGCUUCCACAUCUUGGAGGAAAACUUAAACUACAAAAUGUAGUUGAUGCUAAGGAUGCCGUGCAAGCCAAUUUGAAGAAUAAGAAGGAUAUAAAGGAGUUAGAGUUCGAAUGGGGCAAUGAAGACUCGGAUGAUUCCACAAAAGUGAGAGAUGUACUUGACAAGCUCCAACCUUGCAUGAAUUUGGAGAAAUUGACCGUCAAACGUUAUGGAGGGACCAGCUUCCCAAAUUGGUUGGGAGACUCUGCCUUCAAUAAAAUAAAAGUUAUGCGCCUCGAAGGCUGUCAUUAUUGUUUUGAGUUGCCACCGCUUGGACAGCUACCUGCUCUUAAGGAGCUCUUCAUACGUAAGAUGAAAUUUCUUAGGACGUUAGGUCCUGAGUUGUAUGGUCAGCCAUUUCAACCAUUUCAAUCGCUGGAGAGGCUGGAGUUUAAGGAGAUGGCAGAGUGGGAGGAAUGGGUACCAAGUGGAAGUGGAGGUCCAGACUUUCCUCGUCUCCUGGAGCUAAUUCUAGAAAAGUGUCCAAAGUUGAGAGGAAGCUUGCCUUGUGAUCUACCUUGCUUGAAGAAACUUUGCAUGGAAGGGUGUGGAGUUUUACAUGAUCAGAGGGCCACUGCUACUACUAGUACUAGUACUAGUCUCAACUACAAUUCUCUUCAAGAAUUGGAAAUCAAAGAUGGAUGCCAAACAGAUUUCCUACCUCAUGAGAUGUUGGCCAAAUUAACAUCACUCGACUAUUUGACUAUACAUAAGAGCUGUAAUUCAAUGAGGUCGUUCGGGAUUUUUCCCAAAUUGACGACACUUAAUAUUGGGUAUUGUGAGAAUCUGGAAUCGCUUUGCUUGAUUGAAGAAGAAGGAGCGGUUGAGAAUCUCAGCCAUCUCGAUAACUUAAAUAUCUUAGGCUGUCCAAAUCUGGUGUGUUUUCCCCAGGGAGGAUUGUCCACUCCCAACCUGACUCAAUUGGAAUUCAGCAGAUGCGAGAAGUUGAAGUCAUUACCUGAACGCAUUCACACCUUCACAGCCCUUGAAAGAUUGUGGAUAAGGAAUCUUCAAAAUCUGGAGUCAAUUGCAGAAGAUGGGGGUUUGCCUCCCAACCUCCAACAUUUUAGGAUUGAGAAUUGUGAGAGACUGAGGGCUUCAUCUUCAUCAGUGGGAGACUACUGUAACUGGGGUUUGCAAGCACUUGUCUCCCUUAAAUACCUUCAUAUUGGUGGCAGGGGAAGUGAUGAAAUCUUGGAGACAUUGCUCAAGCAACAGCUGCUCCCUACCACUCUUCGCAGUCUCAUCAUUGAGGAACUUUCAACUCUGAAAUCUUUGGAUGGAAAGGGACUUGCACACCUUACUUCUCUUCAAGAACUAUUUAUUAGUAGGUGUGACAGUCUGGAAUUCCUGCCAGGAGAGGCACUUCAGCACCUCACUUCUCUUCAAAGGCUAGAAAUUAGGUGUUGUGACAAUCUCCAAUUCCUGCCAGAAGAGGGUCUGCCGCCAUCUCUUUCUUAUCUGAAGAUCUUUAGAUGUUCUGGCCUGGAGAAAAGGUAUCAGAAUAAGACGGGACAAGAUCAUUGGGACAACAUAUCUCACAUUCCUUGCAUCUGGAUAAAUGAUGAAGUCAUCAUAUGA